UGUUGCGCUCGAUGUGUGUGUGGUUUCAAAGCGGUAAACUGCUGAAUGAGAGGACAUUUUAUUGUUAACAACUCUUAUUCAACUCUUAUCUUCAAUAUGAAAAGCAUCUUGUAAUUCCUUCUGCAUUUCACUGGAUUUAAAAUGACCGACAUCAGUUGUUGCUGACAGAAACUGUCCCUGGACUGCGGCGUGUUGAGCAUCGAGUCAUCUCGCGUGGACGUCCACGCAGCAGCGCGUCAUUUCAACGCUGUUUUGAGCUGUUUCCUUCGCGACGGCUGCGCGGCGUUUGUGUGCGACGGUCAUUCCGUGAUAUAUAAUGACUAUGUCAGUCCCGGAGAGAAACUCUGGAUCCGAGAAGGAAGAGGAGAGCGAGGAUGAGAGUGAGAUCGUGGAGGAGAGUCCCUGCGGCCGCUGGCAGAAGCGAAAAGAGCAGGUGAGUCAGGGCAAUGUUCCUGGAGUGGAGAGCGCCUCUCUGGCCAUGGACACUGAAGAGGGUGUUGAGGUGGUCUGGAAUGAGGUUCUCUUCCAUGACAAGAAGGUCUUCAAGACAGUGGAGGACAAAAUGAAGGAGAUGUUUGAGAACCUGAUGCAGGUGGAUCAUCCAAACAUCGUCAAAUUUCACAAAUAUUGGCUGGACAUCGGGGACAAUCAUGCUCGGGUAACACACACAGAGACACACUGCUCUCAGUUACUCUAUUGUUGUGACAGUGAAAAAAAAAAAAGAAUUGUGUCUGUAUUUCAGGCUUGGAAACGCUGGUGUACACAGAUCCUCUCUGCCCUCAGUUACCUGCACUCCUGUGACCCUCCCAUAAUUCACGGAAACCUCACAUGUGACACCAUCUUCAUUCAACACAACGGCCUCAUUAAAAUUGGAUCAGUUUGGCAUCGACUCUUUGUGAAUGUGUUCCCAGAAGGGGGCGUCCGUGGUAAACUACACCAAAACCGAGAUGACAAGAGGAACCUGCACUUCUUCAGUCCAGAGUAUGGCUCGUGUGAAGAUGACUACGCCAUUGACAUCUUUUCCUUUGGGAUUUGUGCUUUGGAGAUGGCCGUGUUGGAGAUCCAGGCAAAUGGGGAUUCAGUUGUGUCCAAGGAGGCCAUAUCCAAUGCAGGCCAAUCAUUAGAAGACCCGCUUAUGAGGGAGUUCACCCAGAUGUGUGUGCGUCACAAUCCCAGACUCCGUCCGACGGCGCAUGACCUGCUGUUUCACCGCGUGCUGUUUGAAGUGCACUCACUGAAGCUGCUCGCAGCACACUGCCUCAUCAAUAACCAGUACAUGCUUCCAGAGAACUCUCUAGAGCUGGACAAGUUUCUGGAGGAUGUGAAGAAUGGCAUUUACCCUCUGAUGAACUUUGCGUCCACUCGACCCCAUCCCGUACCUCGUGCCCUCUCCAUGUCCCAAGAGCAGGUGGAGACAGUGAAGACCCCCACGCCGGAGCCGCAAGAGGCUGAGACCAGGAAGGUGGUACAGAUGCAUUGUAACCUGGAGUCUAAUGAAGAUACUACUAAAACUCAUCUCACUCUUUUCUUGAAACUGGAUGAUAAACUCCACCGGCAGCUCAGCUGUGAUAUUAUGCCAAAUGACAGUUCCAGAGAUUUGGUCAAUGAACUUAUCCAUCAUUCCUUUAUCAGUGAGGAGGAUGGUGACAAGAUUGUGGCAUUCCUGGAGGAAGCUUUGAGCCGACACCGUGGGUCUGCUAGCGCCAUAACAACCAUAUGAAUGACAAUGGUCUGUUGCGAUGGCGAUGGACAUUUACAUGCCAGUGGAACCUGAGAGGGAGGCCCGCCAACAGAAGAAGAAGGACAAUGGAAACGAACGAUCCAGUUUGUCAGUUAGUAUGGAUUAUUGAAAUUGUGGUCAAAAAAGAUGACAGAAUAUGGCAUACUGGUUUUAUGACAGCAUGUGAUUGACCAGGUUAGGGGGCACCAGAAAUGUCCAUCUAAGAUGAUUGUGCUACCCUCCCCGAGUCUCCAUCCAGCACUUCCAGGUGUCACUGUAGGAACCGUCCUUCCCACAAUCCCAUUGGAUGCUUAAGGGCAAUUCGGCCUCUUUUGAAGAAAGUCGUAUGUGGUGUAGGUAGGAGGUGUCUGCUGUGGAGAGCUCAGUAGAUGAAAAAAAAGUUUAGAAAAAACUAAUUUGAUACAGUUCAUUAUUGCCAAUCUUCUUCAUUUUGUGACGUAAACACAGAAAAACUAUUGUUAGGCCAGAAACAUACUCUACGCAAGUAUGCUAAUACAGAUGCCAACACAUUGCAAGUCCGUUUUUAUGUUACUGUGGUGUUAAAAAACCUCAGUACUCGGUGAUAGAGUUGCACUAUAUAUGCCAUUAAACCAGCUAUAAACAUCAGAAGUUAAGCUUAACAAGUUUUCUCUUCAAACUGUUGCUCUGCCAUGAAAACAGUUUACACUAAUGCUAAUGCUCCGAUAGUGGCAACGCUAAGAAUGCAAUGUCUGUUUGUCUUAUGAAUUGUGUUCGGCCACA